AUGCCUGCAGUAGCGGGCUGGCUGGGCCGCUGCGCCUGGAGAGGCCUGAGCACGCAGCAGGAGCCUAUGUGUCCUGGCGCUUCUCUUCUUUGCUUUGGUGAUGGUGAUGGUGGGCAUCAAGACGCAAAGCCCACGAAUCGCAGCCUGAUGGCGAUAUCCACCACCGUCACGUCGGGCCCGUUCGCCAUGCGUGAAAAAAAAAAUCGUGCCGCCGCGGCCGUUGAGCUGCUGCCUCCCACGACAGGUGGCCCACGGAAGCGUCAGACAUUUACUGUAGGUGUCGGCGAGCGGGGGCCACGACCUAUGACCUAUGACUAUACUACUACAUGCUGCACGAGUGCAGCGCAACGUGACCUUUGCACAUCGAUCCCCAAGCCCGAACACCACGGUGGCGGUGACAACGUCGGCGGCGAAAGCGGGCUGGGCUGGGAUGCAGAUGGCAUGGGCAUGGGUGCGGCCGGUGGGUGGGCGUCAUCAACCCUACACAGUACACCUACCGCCUCCGCCUCCGCCUCCUCACCACCCACAGCCUGUGCAACUGCAAUCGUCACUCGCAGCCCCCAAGCGCUCGGCACGUCGUUCUGGGCUCGGUGCAAUUGCAUAAGCAAGUGCCCACCCUGUCCUCUUGGGAUGCAUGUGAGUGUGUUCGAGGCCGGCCACCUGCUCCACCCAGCACCUCCGACCGCCAGCCCCUGUGUCGCUGGCCAUUGGCUGCUGGCCGCUCCAUCGCCUUGGUUACGCUCGCUGCUCGCCCAUGGGCACGGCAAUGUGUGGCUUCAGGCACCACACGAUUCGCCUGGGUCACACAGCGCGGCCACCCGGACCCCGUGGGCCAUUGCCGCCGCCUGA